CUUUCACACAUCUCUCUUUCAUUGUUUAUUAUGGCACCUAUUGACUCUACUCCUGUUGAUCCUAACGCACCUUUAAAAAAGAAGCCUGUCUCUUACAAGAACUUAUUAUUGGGCGCAUCCUUAAACUUGUUUGAGGUCUCAACACUCGGUCAACCUUUCGAAGUGAUCAAAACACAAUUAGCUGCUAACCGUGGUCAGUCAAUCAAAGUUGCACUCUCGAAUAUCUAUGGUAGAGGUGGCGUGUUUGGUUUCUAUCAAGGUCUGAUUCCCUGGGCCUGGAUUGAAGCUUCGACUAAAGGUGCUGUAUUAUUAUUUACUGCUUCCGAAUUCGAAUAUCAUGCAAGAGCUGCAGGUGCUUCUCCUUUUCUCGGAGGCAUUGCCGGUGGUAUGGCUGGUGGUAUUGCCCAAGCUUAUACAACGAUGGGCUUUUGUACUUUUAUGAAAACCGUUGAGGUCACACGUCAUAAGUCAGCUACCAAAGAGUCUACAUUUAAGAUUGCUGCAGACAUUUUCAAAAAAGAAGGUAUUGCCGGUAUAAAUAAGGGUGUGAAUGCAGUAGCUCUUCGUCAAUGUACCAAUUGGGCUUCUCGGUUCGGUAUCACACGUUUCGCACAAGAGUCUAUUAUUAAAACUCGUUACGGAAGCGCACCUGACGCACAUACAAAAGCAACUGCUAUUGAUAAAGCCCUUGCAUCUAUUAUUGGUGGUGCAUUAUCAUGUUGGAACCAACCUAUUGAAGUCAUUCGUGUUGAAAUGCAAAGUCAAGUAAAGACACCUGGUCGCCCUGAUAAAAUGUCAAUUGCCACUGCUACACGAUGGAUUUAUCAAAAUAAUGGUGUGAAGGGAUUCUAUCGUGGUGCUUUACCUCGUAUUGGCUUGGGAAUGUGGCAAACGCUUUGUAUGGUUGCACUUGGCGAUUAUUUCCGUGCAUUUUUCGGUACCAACUAGAAUAGAAAUAUUUAAUAGAACCUCUUCCGUUUUCCUUGUCCCCCUCGUAUCAUUCUCCCCAACAAUUCUGUUCCUUUUUUCCCCGCUAAAUCUAAACCCAACGUUGCACACUUUACAAACAAAAAAAAAGGUCUAAAAAAACAUAUACCAAAGUAUUCGUUAAUAAAUAUAUGUAUAUAUAUAUAUACACAUUCAUAAAGGGGAGAGGUAAAUAUGCAAGGUAAGCAUUACAUAAUACAACAGUCUGUCA